AGUUUUCAGUCUUACUGUGGUCAGGUCCUCCCCUCCCACCGGCCACCGCCCACCGCUCCCCGACGGCCUCUCCCGUCUCCGCUUCUCCCAGUGACUUGUCUCCUCCGCAGCCGUCGGCCGUCCUUGGCUCCCCUCCGAACCGCAUCCCAAUUCCCAAGUCAGAAUGCGCCGGCCACCAGGCCGCGUGGCGUGCCUCCGCCUCUCGCCGGCGGCCAGCCCGGCGUUCCUUCCCUGAAGCCCUCCGCGACUUCGCUCGUGUCGCCGGUGGCCGCGGCCUAAAGGCGAGUCUCCUCGUCCUCGGCGGCGGUACGGCAGCGGGCAGCGGGCAGCCGCGCCCGCCACCUGUUCGACGGAAUGCCGCGCGGGAGCAAGGCCGCCAGGAGCGCGUCGCCGGCAGGGGCCGUCCGCGUUGGGGACCGGAUCAGCGCGCUUCCGGACGCCGUCCUCCAACACGCGCUGGGAUUCCUGCCUGUGCGGGAGGCCGUGCGGACGUGUGUGCUAGCCAGGCGCUGGCGCCACCUCUGGCGGUCCCUGCCCUUCCUGCGCGUCGUCGACGUCGAGGUGCUGGGGAGUGAAAACGAGCUGACCAGGUUCGUGAACAGGCUUCUGCUGCUUCGCGACCCAGGAUCAGCUCUUGAUGGUUGUGAAUUCGAUCUCCGUGGUUUUGAGGACGUGGAUCCUGUUUACGUCGAUCUCUGGAUCCAGCACGCGCUGUUGUUACGAGCUCGAGUGCUGUCCCUCAGUCUCCCGUGGACCCCACUGUACAAACCUUUUGAUUCACAGUACCUGAGUACUUUGCAUCUUAACGGUGUACAGUUGUCCGACAAUGCUCUUGAUUGUUCAAGCUGCCCCAUGCUGGAGGGUCUUGAGAUCACUUCGAGUGAUAUCUAUGCCAGUGAGAUCUGGUCUCCGUCCUCAAAACGUUUGAGCAUAGUGAACUGCAAGUUUGGACUUGACCAUGUAUACGGUACUCGUAUUUCUGCACCCAGUCUCAUUUGGCUCAAACUAGAGUACUGCAGUGGUGCACCUCCUCUGCUUGAAGGAAUGACAUCACUAGAAAGCGCAUGUAUCAAGUUUGGUUGUGAGGAUGAGGAUCUUCGCAUGGAAGGUUGCUAUGCGGACUGUUGCGCUGAGUGCGUCUUUCUUAUGAUUUUGGUGUUCAAAUUGAUGGGUGUGUCCUUCAAGGUUUAUCAAAUGCCUCAACUUUGGAGUUCAGAGCUUCCUUUGCCAUGAUGAACUCACUAAAUUUCUGGUGUUUAUUCACCACCCAUAUAUGCUUCUGUAUGUGUAUGUCUUCCACAAUUGCUUGAGUUGAAAUCUUGACCUUGGCUUUCUACGAUGCACACCAAAUUUAGAGAAACUCACUCUUCAACUUUGUCAGAAAGAAAAUUGUGUACUGAAAAUGGAAGACAGCAAUCCAGUUGAACAAUCAUUUUCUCUAGGGCAACUUAGGAGAGUCGAAGUCAAAAGUGAACAGAUUGAUGAAAGGGUUCAGAGAACUUUGAAGAUCUUGAGUUCAAUUGGAACUUGUCUUGAGGAAUUUAACAUCCAGAAGAUCUAGAAUACAGAAUUUCAGUGUAAGUUAGCAACACUUCUCAGCGUUAUAAUUCAGCAAUUCACCAAUAAUUGACACACGAAAUGAACUACUAAGUUAAUCGAAUAUUUUUUCUUGUGUACUGAGAUAAGGUUAGACAUGAUCAUGUUUGUUGAGGAGAUGAACAAUAGCAAUCCCCUGGCUUGGGGCUUCUGAUGCAUCACAUCUGCCGCCAUGGAAAUAUAUGUUACAGUUACUGUCUGUGAUGUUACAAUUACUGUCUGUAAUCACCUAUGUUUGGGUUCCAUGGUUCUGCUGGUGCUGGUUUUGGUAUCACCUGACUAGUGCAUUUGUGCUACUUAUGAGCAUUUUAAUAAAGAUUCUACCAGAACUCGGAAGGAAUAUCUAUCCCAAUUCCUUAGCAUUUGAGGCAGGAAUGUUUUAUUACAGGACAUUUGUAUCUUCAGAAGACAACAUUUUCUGAUCUUUGCCCUCCUUGUGAUUGUGAUCAAUCAAACGUUGAUAUGGAUAACACACAGGUUUCGGUCCUGGGAAGCAUGGAGAAAAGUUGUGCCAUAAAGCUUUUGAUGGAUAUGGUGACAACUGACAAGUAUGGUGUCUUCUGUUGGAUUUCUCUAGCUCCAAUCACUGAAGCAUCGUGGAAUUGGAAUUGUAACUAGUUCAGCCCACCCCGUUGUACCUCUUUUGAGUGGCAUUCUAAUACCUCAUUAUUAAAUUAUUCCAGGUUUAGGGAUCUUGGAUCACAUUGCUGACAGACACUAAAUGUUUCGAUCAUCAACUACCUGUUAUCGUCCCCUGUUUUUUUGAGAAAGAUCAAGCCACAUUCACAUGCAUAUACAGAGAGUUUGCUUCGCUCUUUUUUUUUUC